AACCAAUACCGAAAACAAAAACAAAUGUUGGCAGUCUCUGAAUUGACUUUGCAAAGCAAUUCACACACACGCACACAAAACGAAGAAAUAAUCUUGAAUCUGAACUCAUGAAAAGUGAAAAUGUUUUGCUAGCUGCAUUCAGAAAUUCAGUUGGCGUUGUCAGUUCGCUGCGGGUCCUUGCGCAGGAGGCAGCACACAUUGGCAUAAAGGAGGCAUUCGCAGUAAAAUGAAUACAUAAAAGCGCGCAGUGUGUUCAUACAAAUUGUUUUGUCAAAUAUAUACAUAUAUGUAUAUAGAACCCGAUCUAUGCAUUCCUUUUCCGUUUAACGAAAGCAAAAAAAAAAAAACCAAACAACAUUUAAAUCAAUUCUUCAAAAUAUUUCGAUAUAUAUGAUUUACAGUGAAUGUGGCGAAACGUUUGUCGCGUGUUUUUAAUUCAAGGCUGGCAAAAGGAUUCGUUAUUGCCAGUUGUGUGUAUCGUGCCAGUCCUUACAGUCAAGUGGGAAGUCUGAAGUCUGAAGUCUGGACAUGCAUUUCUGGAUUGACAAACGGUCGCAGCAAUGCGGUUUUGGUCGCUCGCGUGUAGCCGCCUCAUUGUCGCAUGCAGGAGGCGGUCUCAGCUAUGGCCAUCCGCCGCGUCGCAGCAAGUCCAGCAGCAGCAGCAGCGGCAGCAACAUGAUCAACGCCAGCAGUAGCAGCAGCGGCGGUGGCAGCGCCAAUGCCAGUGGCAGCCACAGCCAAGCUUUGGCCUCUGUGCAUAGGGCAUUGGCGCCUUAUGGUGGAGGUGGCGAUUAUCAGUCGGGAGGCGCCGGCACAAGUCGCCAGGCAACGCAAUAUGGCAGCAGCAAUAACAAUAGUGCACAUGCCAACAACCAGCAAUUGCUGCUGCAUCACAACAGCAGCAACAAUAACAACGGCAGCAGCAGCGGCGGUGGCGGCGGCAGCAAUGCCAUGACAACAACUGCCAGCAACAAUAACAAUGCCAAUGCAGCUGCUGCUUCUUCGGCUGCCGUACUAACGGGCAGUGGCACCAUUGUGCCGCUUGUGGCACGUGGCUCACAUUAUCAUCAGCAUAGCACGCGCUAUCAGCCGCGACCACAGCAGCAGCAGCAGCAGCAGCAACUGCAACAAUUGCAGCAGCAACAACUGCAGCAGUUGCAGCAACAGCAGCAGCACCAGCAACAACAUCACUAUAGCUACAACUAUCAUCAUCCGCAGUUUGGCAACAUGGCUGUUCCCGUGCGGCAAUAUGAGUCACAGCAGCAACACCAUCAGCAGCAGCAACAUCAGCAGCACUCGGGAGUCUAUGCAGACGAUGCCUACAGCGCGUAUCACCAUCACCACAGCAGCAGCAGCAACAGCGGCAACAACGGCUGCAGCAGCAACAGCAACAGCACACGUUAUGCCACGCCGCGACGCCACAAUUCCAGCAACAACAUGCGACACGCGACAGCAACUGCAUCGGUGGGAACAACAACAACAACAGCAGCAGGAGCAGGGGGGAGGAGCAGCCACAACCGCCACCUGCAGCAGCAACAUCACGCAUUGCUGCAACAUGCGGACUCGCAGCUGCUGCCAAGUCAUCUGAAAUGUGGCAUGUGCGCUUCGCUGGUGCUCGCCUCGGUGUUUGUGGCGGGCGCGAAGUUCUACUUUGACCACCAGGGCACCGGGCUGGAGGUGUUGAUAUUCUGCGCCUUUUUCGCGACAUUCUUUCUGGCUGCCUGCAUGGUGUCGCUGUGUCGCAUACCCAAAGGAUUGCUGCCCAAUCGCAGCGAUGGCCGUGCCGUGUGUCACAGUCGUGGCAUCAAUGCUGUUGGCGGUGGCAGUGGCGGUGGAGGAGGAGGGGGUGGGAAUGCGGAUGGCGAUUAUAUACUGGAGCUGAAUGAUGUGCGCUAUUUGGAUGAGCGACAGGUGGAGAUAAGUGCGGCAACGGCGGCAGCAGCUGCCGCUGGACCGCCGCCGUAUCAUAUAGCAAUCUUGUUGCCGGAACAGACACCGACGGCGCUGGGCAAGCAGCUGCCAAUGGAUGAAUCACCGCCGCCGUCCUACGAUAAGAUUCUCGUCUAGAUUUUAGUGGUAGCGCUUUUGGUUUUUCUUCGUUUAGGAAUUGAGCGUCAAUUUCAGUUGAAAGAAACCAGCUAUCAAACCCAAAUCCAAUGAAACCAAACCAAACCAAAAUACUCUUGCUCAAUAUUUUUCUAAUGAUAUCAAAAUUUAUAUAAACAUAUACACAAGGCAAAAAUGACAUUUGCAUAUAGAUGAUAUAUAUAUAUAUAAAGAUAUACAUAUAUAUACACAUACAUAUACAUAUAAAUUCUAAAUAUAAAUAUAACGAACAAAAAGUAUAUUUUUAAGCUCUAAUUAAUAUUUUUACACUUUGAACUUUCUAAUCCAAAAACACGCAAAUCACACACAAAAAAACCUUCCCUAAGAAAAACCACAAAUCUCUUUACUAAAACUAUGUAUCAUUUUUGUUCUGUGAUAUGCUCAAAAGAAAAUCAUACGAGAUAAACCAUUAGAGACAAAGCAAAGUAAAGAACGAUGUAAGCAAACAAAAUAUAUAAAAAAUACAAAGAAAACAAAUAGAAAAUAGAAAACAUAUACACUACUAUCCGAAUAUGUGACAAAAUAAAACUAAAUACACAUCAAUCAGCCAAAACAGUAUUAGUAGUCAAGUAGAUACUUAAGUAACGAACUACUCAUAUGCAAGCAUUAAAUAAUAAUGUAAAGGUGCAACAUAAUGCAGAUAAAUAAAGUACGAAUUAAUUUCAAAAUUG